AUUUAAUUUAUUUAUUUAUCUCUUUUUCCCUCUCAUUAAUUUAUACUCCUUAUUACUCCUACAAUGGACAAUUGAAGGAAUUCCCAAUAUAAAACAACAAACCAUUACUACACCCUACUCAUUUCAUUUCAUUUUCUGUACAACUUCUUUAAUCUUCUCAAACUACCUUCUUGCAGAGCAAUGUUCAAGGCAUUGAAUUCCUUUGAGGGAAUUUCAAGAUUGAAGUGAGUUAUAAAUCUUUAAGUUGAUGGCUGUGAGCUCGGCUUGUAGGGACGCUAACAAAAUGGCUGCAGAUGCCGGAAAAUAUGUCCGGUACACGCCUGAGCAGGUUGAAGCCCUUGAGAGGGUUUACCAUGAGUGCCCCAAACCCAGCUCUCUUCGUCGUCAACAGCUUGUUAGGGAAUGCCCUAUCCUCUCCAACAUCGAGCCCAAACAAAUUAAAGUUUGGUUUCAGAACCGAAGAUGUCGAGAGAAGCAAAGAAAAGAGUCAUCGAGAUUGCAGGCAGUGAAUCGGAAAUUGACCGCAAUGAACAAGCUUUUAAUGGAGGAAAAUGAUAGGUUGCAAAAGCAAGUUGGUCAGUUGGUUUACGAAAAUAGUUAUUUUCGUCAACAGACCCAAAAUGCGACACUGGCCACCACAGAUACCAGUUGUGACUCAGUGGUGACGAGUGGCCAACAACAAAUAACUUCUGAGCGUCCUCCAAAGGAUGCGAGCCCUGCAGGACUUAUGUCUAUUGCAGAGGAGACUUUAACAGAGUUUCUUUCGAAGGCAACUGGAACCGCUAUUGAGUGGAUCCAAAUGCCUGGAAUGAAGCCUGGUCCGGAUUCCAUUGGAAUCAUUGCUAUUUCUCACGGAUGCACUGGAGUUGCGGCUCGUGCAUGUGGUCUUGUGAGUCUAGAACCCACAAGAGUUGCCGAAAUCCUUAAAGAUCGGCUAUCAUGGUAUCGUGAUUGUCGAGCUGUUGAUGUGAUGAACGUGAUGUCUACUGGAAAUGGGGGAACAAUAGAAUUACUUUAUUUGCAGCUUUAUGCACUUACAACUUUGGCCCCAGCCCGUGAUUUUUGGUUGAUGCGCUACACUUCUCUUCUCGAAGAUGGCAGCAUUGUGAUCUGCGAAAGAUCACUAAACAACACUCAGAACGGUCCCAGUAUGCCUUCAGUAGAGCAUUUUGUGAGAGCCGAAAUUUUGCCUAGCGGUUAUCUGAUUAGACCCUGUGAAGGGGGUGGGUCCAUAAUUCACAUUGUAGAUCAUAUGGACCUAGAGCCAUGGAGGGUACCUGAAGUGCUGCACCCACUAUACGAGUCAUCUACUUUGCUAGCUCAAAGGACAACAAUGGCGGCUUUAAGACAGUUAAGGCAGAUUUCUCAAGAGAUAUCUCAACCCGAUAUCACUGGUUUCGGAAGGCGCCCGGCAGCUUUACGUGCUUUCAGCCAGAGGUUAAGCAAAGGUUUUAAUGAAGCCGUUAACGGAUUCAUGGACGAAGGAUGGUCUAUGAUAGAGAGUGAUGGAGUCGAUGAUGUGACGAUCCUAGUCAAUUCAUCGCCUAAUAAAAUGAUGGGUGCAAAUCAAUUCUAUAGCAAUGGAUUUCCUUCUGUGGGUACUUCUGUGCUAUGUGCCCGAGCUUCCAUGCUUUUACAGAAUGUGCCUCCUGCAGUGCUCCUAAGGUUCUUGCGAGAACAUCGAUCUGAAUGGGCGGAUAGCGGCAUUGAUGCCUAUGCAGCAGCUGCUGUCAAGGCUGCACCUUGUACAAUUCCAGUGGCUCGUACUGGAUGUGUCGGGGGUCAGGUCAUUCUUCCUCUUGCGCACACGAUUGAAAAUGAAGAGCAGUUUAUGGAGGUUGUUAGGCUUGAAAAUCUUGGCCAUUAUCGAGAAGACAUGUUCAUGCCAGGAGACAUAUUUCUACUUCAACUCUGUAACGGAGUAGAUGAAAAUGCUGUAGGCGCAUGUGCAGAACUUAUUUUUGCUCCCAUUGAUGCAUCAUUCUCUGACGAUGCUCCUCUUCUUCCUUCCGGUUUCAGAAUCAUUCCUGUUGAUUCGUCCAAGGACAUUUCAAGUCCAAAAUGCACUCUUGACCUUACAUCUGCCCUUGAGAUUGGAUCAGCUGGAAACAAAGCACUUGGCGAUAAAAACCGGUCUGGAAGUGGGAAAUCUGUGAUGACUAUAGCUUUUCAGUUUGCCUUUGAAAUACACCUUCAAGCGAGUGUUGCAUCUAUGGCCCGGCAGUAUGUUAGGAGUAUCAUAUCUUCUGUGCAAAGGGUUGCAUCUGCGCUAUCCCCUUCUCGAUUUGGUUCUCUUGAUGAUUCUUCUUUAUCACCCGGGACUCCUGAGGCACAAACGCUCUCUCGUUGGAUUUGUCAAAGCUACAGGUGCUAUCUAGGAGUGGAAUUACUUAAAUCUUGCCACGAAGGAGGAGAAUCUGUACUCAAAACUCUCUGGCACCAUUCGGAUGCCAUUUUGUGCUGCUCUUUAAAGGCACUGCCAGUUUUCACGUUUGCAAAUCAAGCAGGACUCGACAUGCUAGAGACUACCCUCGUUGCGCUUCAAGAUAUUACAUUGGAAAAGAUUUUUGAUGAACAAGGCCGUAAAGAUCUCUUCCCGGAGCUGCCUCAGAUAAUGCAGCAGGGGUUCAUUUGCCUUCAAGGAGGUAUUUGCAUGUCGAGCAUGGGAAGACCGAUUUCGUACGAACGGGCAGUUGCAUGGAAGGUGUUUAGUGACUCGGAGGAUGCUCAGUGCAUGUGUUUUAUGUUUAUCAACUGGUCUUUUGUAUGAUAAUUAUGCCCGGGUAGUAGUUUCAGUGAAAAAUCAACAGGUUAGGAAAGUUAGGAUCUUUCAAUAGGAAUGCCUUUUAGGGAAGCAAUGAAGAGGGUUGUAUACCUUUGGAAUGGCUGAUUUUGAGCUGUGCCCUAAAAUCAUGUAGGCUUUUGUUUCGAAGAUACUUCAAUACUUUGACCCCUGAUUUAUGAUAUCAUGUUUUUGUAGCUGCCUUCUUUUUAAUUUAUGGCCGGACAACUAAUCUCAUUUUCUUCUGUUCAACUGAAUUUGCGUCAUUGACUAAAAGACGCUUAUUGACUGUUGAUUGUUGUGCUGGUUGUUUUGGUGAAUGCUAGAAGAGAGAUUCCUUGGCGUAGAAUCGAAUCUGUGGAUAAAUGGUAGUGGUUUAAAAACAAAAAACAAUAUGGGAAAAGAGAUUAGAGGUUGAUGAUUGAGAGAUUAAUGAAAUUAAGAGGAGUUGGCUAUGGCCAAUGGCUAUCAUGAAGGAAGUGUAAUUUGCUAGAUGAAGGGUUUGAUUUAUUAUGAGGAGAGGGAAUUGAUUACCCAAACCUCCUAAGCCCUACCAAACAAUUGAAAUGGGAUUCACUAUCCAAAUGGAAAUUGAUCCACAAUGCGUCAAUCCGUGUAAUGUUAUAAGUGAUUACUUUUUGACUAUGAAAGUGCAGUGCAUUAUAAUUGAACGUUAAAAUUACGACGGUUAAAAAGCGAUAGAUACGAACACUUUUUCGUUGCUAUUAGGCAACGACCUAACCACACCUAAAUAUUUUCCUCCUUUAGAAUUCAAAAUAUGCGAUGAUGCCAUAUUUUCCAGUGAUGAAUGGUUGUACGCUUAAUUGCAACAGUCACUUAACAUUGACGCUCUUAUUCAAUCAAGAUUCGUAAAAUUCGAGAAGUGGUAAAACCAAACAAAUAAUCAAUUGCGAUUUGCGAGUUGAUCUUGAGCGUGGAUGUAAUCAAAU